GAGGACCGCGUCCCUCGACCGCGUUCGGAGGACCCAACGGAUUGGGACAGUCGAGUCGCAGCCGAAGUGACGUAUGCGUCCUUAAGGAGGCAGCCAGCCACUGAGUGACGUCACAGAAAGAAGCCCGCUACGGGAACCAAGCAGGUUCAAAUGAGAUCCGUGGGGUCAAAAAACUAAACACACAUACGAGCAAGUUACCUGGAUUAAAGGUCCAAAUCACAAUUUGUAACCAAGAGCGACUUUAAGACCUCAACGACCAAAACAGACUGUGACGUCAGCAGUUCACACAACCCGCAGGACAUGCUCAGCAGGAGCACAGCCAGCCUCGGCCUGCGGCUGCAGCGCAACGCCACCCGGAGCCUGUUGGCGGCCCUGAGUCCCGGGCCUCAUGGGGGCAGACACGCAUCCGCCUCCACCUCCUCCACCGUGACGGCGCACAGCAGCCCCCUGAAGACCAUGGAGCAGCUGGGCGGCCCCGGCCUGCUCACCACCCUCAACUGGCUCUUCGUGAAGGGAUAUUUCCAAACUACGCAGCAGAUGCAAAUCGAGCACAGCCGGAUCUACGGGCCGCUGUGGAAGUCCAAGUACGGCCCGCUGGUGGUGGUGAACGUGGCCAGCGCCCAGCUCAUCGAGCAGGUCCUGAGGCAGGAGGGGAGGCUCCCGGUCCGCACCGACAUGCCCCACUGGAGGAGCUACAGGGAGCUCCGGAACCAGGCCCACGGACCCCUGACGGAGAUGGGGGUCAAAUGGCAGCGGAUCCGCAGCAUCCUGAACCCUCGGAUGCUGAAGCCCAAGCACGUGUCCUCCUACGCCUGCACCAUCAACGAGGUGGUGGGAGACUUUGUCCGCCGCGCCGCCUGGCUGAGGGAGACGGGCGGGGGGGGGCUGAUGGUCAACGACCUGACGGCGGAGCUCUACAAGUUCGCUUUCGAAGGGAUCUGCUCCGUGUUGUUCGAGACCCGCAUGGGCUGCAUGAACGAGGUGGUGCCCGAGGAAACCCAGAAGUUCAUCUUCUCCGUGGGGGAGAUGUUCCGUCUGUCCCCCAUCCUCGUGCUCUUCCCCAAGUCCUUCUGGCCCUACACACCCUUCUGGAAGCAGUUCGUGGCGGCCUGGGACCACCUCUUCAAAGUCGCUGAAGAGCUGGUGCAACAGAAGAUGGACGAGAUCCAGGAGAAGGUUCACCUGGACCAGAGCGUGGAGGGAGCCUACCUGACGCACCUCCUGCUCAGCGAGCAGAUGACGGUCACCGAGAUCCUGGGAAGCAUCACGGAGCUGCUGCUGGCCGGAGUCGACAC